UAGAAGGCAGAGAAAUGAUUGAGGAAUUUGGAGAAGGAUUCGUCUUUAGUCCAGUGAACGUUGUUGCAACCAACGGGAACCACGCUUUUGAGCACGUCCGUGUGGCCCCAUCAAAGUGUCCAGUCAAACCCAAGAUGGAAGUGGACAGCGAUCUUCAGUGUCCAAUCUGCUUGGAACUAUUUUCAUACCCCAUUAUUCUUCCAUGCUCCCACGUACUCUGCAGAUCUCCAUGCGCAGAACAUCUGUUUGAUUUCAACUUCAUACGAUGUCCAGUUUGUCGAGACAAUUGUUACGUGAGUGGCGGGAUCUCUAGUUUGCCGAGAGUCAUUGCUCUAGAAAAUAUCAUAGAACGUUACAAAGCGGACAGAAGCUCGAAGGAAAAUAGCAAUCAGCAAGAAAAGACUCAAGAUGCCUCACUACUAGAUACUUCCAUCUCUAGUCAUUCUGAUACGGGAACGGAACAGUCAGUGCUAUGCCAACUUUGUAAUGUAGCGAAGAAAAAAGCUAAAAAGUCUUGCCUAGAUUGUAACGUGUCUUACUGUUCCAACUGCCUUCUCCUCACACAUCAGAAGAAGGAUCCUUUCAAUACCCAUGAAUUGGUGUCCCCUCGAGAUGAUCUUAAUCGGUCUGUGAAUGGUAUGUGCACAACUCACGCAGACCAACUUUCUUUGUAUUGCAAAGAAUGUUGCGUUCCAACCUGUAUGGCCUGCAAAGAUUCCAGUCUUCAUAAAGGUCAUUUCAUGAUCACUGUAGAAGACGCAUAUACAGACAUUAAGGCUUCAAUUGAUAAAAAUCUUCAAAAAUUAGGCAGCAGUCAGGAUAAAGUCACAACAGCUCUACAGAAUCAGAGAGAUAAUUUAAAAGAAAUGCAGCAAAAGAUAGACAGAAAGAGAAGCGAAAUCAACGCACAGUGUGACAUGCUUUUGGCUGAAAUUGAAAACAAGAGAAAUUUCUUCCUCGCAGACCUGGAGUACGAGGAACGCAUUCGUCAAAAUGAGCAGGAAGAACUAAUAAAAGUGAUGGAGCGGAUCUUAGGAUCUUCUCAAGCAUUGUAUAGUUACACAUCAGAGGUGCUUAACGAGGACGUCAGUGAAUUUCUAGAGGUGGCAAAUACGUUAAGUGAAAAACUUGUGAAGGCCACCAUUGACUGUGAAACUGCACAGUUUCAGCCUGCAGAUUGUGACGUCUUGCCGGGAAAACUUGUAGAUUUCAGAAAGGAAAGGAAUAUCAUAAGAGACAUGAAUUAUCUACUUGCUCCUGUUACACCAAGCGUUGACGUCACGCGGUGCUCCAGGAGUGAGGACACAGUCGUGUUAGUGCUCUCCCCUCCCAGACACUCACAUGACGUCAUAGACAAGUACCAAAUUCACUAUUGCUCUGAGGAACAAAAGAGCCUUGAAAUCGAGGAUACAUUGAUCGUCAAAAAUGUUCCUGAGGACAGACUUGCUGCAAAAAAUGUACCAAAUUGUUCAGGAGUGGUUGUAGUAUUAGUUGAAAAUCUUUGCAAAGCAACAACAUACUAUUUUUGUGUAAGUGCUAGCAAUCAGGCCGGAAGAAGUGCCAACUCGGAGGUUGUUCAAUGUACUACAUUACUGCCAGGAGAAAGUGUCAUUCCAGCACCUGUGAUUGUUGAAAGCCUUUGUCGGCAGUUUGCAACGUCUGUGCAGAUAUACAGUUCAAGUCCGCAGGAUAUCGCCGCUGAACAACACAUUUCUCACUUUCUGCUUUAUCGCCCUCGGGGUCAGAGCCGAGCUUGGAGAACACUCUCUCUGUAUGGAAGGCAAGACCACAGGGUAUUUGGCUUACAGGCAAGCACGGAGUAUGAAUUUCUAAUUCUAGGGUGUAAUCAAAGGGGCGAAUGUCAAGUGUCUAACAGAGUUAUCGUCCAAACAGAACAGUCUUAACGACAAGUUUUAAAAUAGCCAAGGUAUCUGUGUAGUUUUUUUUUAUCUCUCAACAUAAGUGAAAAAAAUUUCUAUGCAAAUAGUUCGCUUAAAUGUCAGACACUUAAUUUCAAAUCCCGCUUAUGAUAUCUGUAUUUUCAUGCAAAUACUGCAUGAAUUGUGAUAUUAUUUAUUGCAAGGCAUAAUAUAUUUA